AUAGUGGGCACUCUAAUUAACGUUCACAAUAAAAGUGCGUAGAUAGGUAAAUUAACGGCAGUUUAUUGUCAUACUAUUGAAUUUGUACGACAACACGGCAAACAGAGACCUUUGUCAUGUUUCAUUAGUUCACUAUGUUAAUUUUAAGUGUUUCAAAGUGCGUAAUUUUGAUGGCGUCUAAAAGAAAACAUCAAACAUUAGAGGAAAAAAUCUAGUUAUUAGAUUUUUACAAAAAAGAAAAUGUUAUUGCACGUUUCCCAUCAGAAAAAAAAAUGGAAUAGGAACAACUCAAGGCACCGAUUUAAUCAAAAAUAAAAAUACAGUUUUUAAAUUAUGGAAAUAUCACGGUAAUGAUCAAAUGAAAACUGUAAAACGUAGUAAAACCGAAUCAAGUUAUGUCAACGAUGUUGUGCAUAAAUGGUUUUGUCUGCUCGAGCUAAAAAUAUUCCAAUCUCAAAGAAACAACUUUACAAGCUCGUAAUACUAUAAAAAGUUGUGAUAAUGGUAAAGCUCACUUACUCGCAUUAAAAAAACACACAAAAAAUGUAGAAGCUUUAGCAAAAGAUUUAAUUAACGACUUAAACAAUCAAACAAAUGGUAAAAAUGAAAUUAAACUCUUUGAUAGAGAACUAAAUGAUAAUAAAAUUCUUAAAAUUGGAAUUCCUGAAAUCAUUGAGAAACCAAUAGUACAUGAUGCAAUUGAUUUAAUAAACAAUGUUUUUUUUGAAUACCUCCAGAAAACAUUUACUGGAAAUCAAAGAAAACUUUUCGAUGGCCAAGAGUACUAUAAUCAUUUGAAACGUAUUAGCGAUAUACGAUGUGCUGAAGAGAAUGUUAUGAAAGUAGAAAAAAAGCUUAAAAAAAAUUCAAUCGACAAAUUCCAUAGUUUAAACUCCAACUAUGUGGAUAAAUAUACUUUGCUACGCCUGGAGGCAUUAAAUAAUAAUAAUUUUAGUAAUAUAGCUGAAUCGAAACGAAAUAUUGAAAAUAAAAAGGUUUACGGUAUACACGAGGAAAUGAAACGUUUGAGACUCCGUUUGAAUAAGAAAAAGCCAAAAUUUAAAUCUCCUUGUAAGUCCUGUUUACCUGUCGUUGCCUCAAAGGCACUCUUACAAACUGUAGAAAACAUUAAGCCUUCUCUUCACACAGAUUUCAGCAUUAUUCGUUUUAAUAACUUCGUGCCUGGUAGAAUAUACAAAAGAUCGAUUACAAUUCGUAACACUGGACAUCGAAUCGUUUCGUUUAAAAUUAUAUCCAGUGAUAAUAAUUCAAAUGAUGUGUUUAAUUUUGAUUAUUCACCUAAAGGACAACUUGCACCUGGCAUGCAUACUAAAUUGACAGUUAUAUUUCACUGUAGUUCUAUGGAAGAUGUAUUUCAAUUAUUAACAAUCGUAGAAGAUGGAAAUUAUCUAACCCAUUUAUUAAUAGGAGCUGAAAAUCAAAUGCCUAUUCUUAGGUAUGUCAUAAAUAGUUUUGACUCCAUAAUUUUAAGAAAAAAAAGUUCAUCUAUCGUUAAAAAUUUGACUAAUAUUUGUGUAUUUGAGUGUAAUUCAUGUCUAGUGGGUGCCUCAAAAACAAUAGAAAUAUCUGUUUGUAAUCUUGGACGUACAUCCAGUUUUGUUUGUAUUUCUGAAGAAUUUUGGUACUCAAAUGCAUUAGAAGUGCCAAAACCUAAAGAUAAUUGUAUGAAAUUAAAAAAUUUUUCAAUUGAACCAUCUGUAUUUAGUAUUAAACAAAAAGAGACUAAAUUAUUAAAAGUUACAUUUCAGCCCAGUUCACCAUCAUUUCAUUGUGUGAAAUUUAUAAUCGUGGCUGACAACUCAUGCGCACAAGAAAUUAAUGUUUUUGGUGAUGGUCAACUAUUUGAUAAAAAUUGUAUCCUGCUAACGGGACUAGGACUCGAGAAUAUAACUGUGAAUAAUAUGGUGAAAGGGAUUGGGCGAUAUAUUCUGGACAUUGGCGAAAUUGGUGAAACCACACGAUGUUUGUACAUUAGAAAUACGAGUGGAAUCAAAUAUCCUUAUCGAUGGGUCAUCAAUCACGUGGUUGAUAGACCGUGGUCAAAAAACGCCAAAGUGGAAUUCAAUGUCAAUCCGUCAACUGGUACAUUGGACUGUUUUUCUGAAAUCAAGUUCACGAUUACAUGUUCUGUCACCAGUGAGAUUGUUAAUCAACAACUUGUCGGCAAAUAUCACGUGAUCCUUUCCUUAAUCAUUGAGCAUAUUCCUCAAGUCAGCCUAAUUUAUCAAGACAAUAUGCGAAAUGAAGAUCGAGAAAGUUUUAUUAAGUAUGAGAACGUUAAUGUUGCUGACCUUGAAGUACUAUGUGCAUAUAAAGGCAAGGAGCCUAUUUGCAUGGAGGUAUACCCAAGAGUUGUCGACUUAAAUUCGUAUAAAUACAAACUUGGUGAGGGUAUAUGCGUGAAAGAAACCAUCAUUUUUAAAAACAAAGGAACAUCACCAGUCAAUGUUUCAUGGUUACGCUAUGAGGAAAAAAAUAAUCAAGGCAAUAGCUACUGUGAUUCGACAAUAAAUUUUGAAGUAGUUCCUGAAUUUUUAGUCGUUUACCAACAAGCUAAAUUUGAUAUACGAAUUGAUCCCAAGAGAACAGGACACGUACGAAAUGUGCUUAAAUUCAAUAUGACUAACCGUGACAGCGUAGAUAAUAUAGAAGUAUAUGUUCGAGGUUACAUUGAACCACCGGGAGUAAUCAUAGAACCUACUUCUCUACUAUUAUUGGAAAAUCAAAGCAUUGGGACAUUGGUGACUCACAAUAUAAAUUUAAAAUCCUGGAUGCACGAUGAUCGUUCAAUAAAUUUAAACGUUUAUUAUUUUGAAAAUAAUGACAGAGAAUUACAUUUAGUCUCGCAUAAGAGUUAUUUUUUUGAGUUGAACCCAAAAGUUUCGAACCUUGAAUCAAUUAUCGUAAUGAAAGAGAACUAUGAAACUUCCGUUAAUACAGACGCAAGUGGGAUUUCAUGUGAAUUAACUGAAUGGACGCUGGGAGGAUGUAAAACUGUCUACAACCAAACUAUAGCGUUAGUUAUUGCACCAAAUGUGCGCUUAAAUAAGCAAAUCGUGUCAAUUGACCAACCACUAUACAAAGGUAUUGGCUAUCAUCUCAAAGGAAUCUCAUUAUUUAAUUAUUCACAUAGUGGUCAAAUGUACUGUUGGGGUACUCCUUUGGGGCCCCAUGCUAAUCUUGUACUUUGCACUCCUGAACCUACUAAUGGAGUUAUACAAAGUCAUACAUGCAUCGAGUUUGAACUUAUCAUAACUCCCAAAACAAAUAAGUCAUAUAAUUCUUUUACAAUUCCUUGUUUUAUACAAAAUGCGAUUGAACCUGAAAAGUUAAUGAUUGAGUUUUGGGUAAAAGAUUUUAGCGCUAAAAUAUCAUACAUCGAUAUAAUUGGAAUACAAAGAAUAAUACAUUGGUGUGAUCAGGAAAAGGAAUGGAAAACUAAUAAAACUAUUGAUAAUAUUGAUGAGUUAGAAAAUGAAGCAGAGUGUAUUACCGAAAACUAUGUCAUGAUGUCAAAUAAUACGAUGGUUUAUGAAUCGGAAAAUUCCUUUGAAGCAGAAUUAGAGCCGGAAGCUCCAGGACUAGUCAAAUGGUGCACUCACAAAUUGCCAGGACAUGACGCUUCAAUGGCGUCAAUAGCUACAAAGACAUCAUCAAUUGGUAAACAUCAACAAUUAAUGAAAUAUCCAAUAGCAUUCAAAGAUGUGCAAUGUAACGUUGUAAACAAACAACAAUUAAAAAUAUGCAACACUACAGAUAUUUUUUGUCAAGUUUAUACAUCUGUAAAAAACUUUAGCCUUGAAGCUUUAAACAACACUAAAUCCACAAAAAGCUUAGAAAAUUUAAAAGUUCAAGAAUUUUUGAAGACAUCGAAUAGUUACUGUGCUGUAUGGAUUGAUAUUAGCCAUAGUGAUUUACCAAGCAAAAAAGAACUAACAAUAUCAGUGUGCACGUUGGCUACAGUUUGGGGUCAGUAUGAGGAUGAGGUGUUGAUCGAGCUUCAUUUAGAUGAUGAUGUGCUGCCGGCUGUAUGUAUUCCCAUCUUUAUCCUAGUAGUCACGUACCCAAUUGAGUUUCCACUGGCCACGCCACCCGGACCCACCGGCAAUGUUAAUUUUAGUUUAUACUCUAUGGAGUCUAAUGUUCAAUUAGCAAUUAGAAAUAAAUGUGAUAUUCCAAUUCAGAUAUCAUGGCUACUAUUCAAUAAAGAUCAUAAGAACAUGCCAUUUUCAGUAUUACUCGAUAUGUUAACGCCUAAUCUAUCAGAACCUUGGUCGUUUAGAAUAGCACCUUAUUAUGGAUCAAAUGAACCGCAAUAUUUUAAAGUAGAUCCAAAAAUUUUAUCGAUAAAACCGAGAGAAAAUAAAUUCGUAACAUUUUCAUUAGACCGAAGUAAGGAGCUUUUGGUUAAACGUAACGAAAAAAACAUCACAUUUGGAAAAGCUAUUGGUAUAGUUACAUCACUAAAUCCUCCUGAAAAAAACUGCACGAGAGUAGAUGGUUUUAACAUGUUGCCACUGACAGUUGAUAUUCGGUCAGAAACGAGACACUCGUUGCUACCUAAUUUUCUUAUACGGGAUCAAAAUAAUAUAUUUCAGAUUUCAGCCGUUGAAAUAUAUAGCCAUCAAAAAGCACAUCAUAAGAUUACUCGACAUAUAGCUCUGUUGAACAUAUUACAAUACCCUAGUGCCAUAGUUUUCGAAAUUGAUGCUCCAUUCUUUAUCAAAUCUAUUCGUACUUUACGAUGCGGUACUAAACCAGGUGAUACUGAGAUUCGAAUAUUUUACGAAGACUUAAUUAAUAUAGAAUUGGAAGUUGUAAUUUCGAUUAUGAACUUAAAUACACCAAAAAUGCCUAUACAAGGAAUUUCAAGAAAGUUAGUUUUGUCUAGUAAGUUAUAUGCUAAAUGUUCAGAAUCAAUAUAUAAUCCAAGAGUAGUAACUUCUUUUGAGUUGCACAUACAUUAUCCGGUGCUAAAACUGUCAGUAAAAAACAUAAAUUUUGACAAAGUGGCCAUAAGAGAGACAAAAUCCAUAGAUGUGAAGUUAUCUUCUUAUUCAGGCACGGAAACUUUUCUUGCAUAUUCGAAAUGUGAAACGUUUACGAUUUUACCUACCGAAGGCGUAGUACCAUUUAAUCGGGUGGCAAAUCUAACAAUUACUUUCACUCCAAGAGAUGAUAUUCAGUACUCGAGUACUAUUGUUAUUCUAACUAGAAUACCUUUAGACUUAAUUUCGUUAGACGUAUCCGGAACCGGAAUAAAAUGAUUUUGUCAGUGUACCAUUUACAUUAUGUACGAUGCGUCUUUUAGAUAAUAAAACAAACAACUAAAUUUUUGGGAUAAAGUUUCAACUUUCGUAUAUUUGUUAGUUUUUCUUUAAAAGUUUUAAAUUAGUUUAAUUUUAAAAAGUUUAGUAAGGCUAAG